UUGAAAAUUUCCGUCCAGUCUUCCCCCCCCUCCCCAACAGCCCCGGGGCCGGUGGCGCGUCGCCGGACCGAGCGCGGGGCGCGAGGGGGCUUCGGGGAAGGGGGAGGGGGCCUCCCGAGACCCCUCCCCGCGUCCCGGGCCGCGGCGCUGAAUCACCGGCGAGGGCUUCUCCGAGCCUCGCUUCCUCGUCUGUAAAAUGGAGACCCGCGGGCGCCCCCGUCCUUAACCGCCACGGCCCCACCGGGCGCCCCCUUAGCCGUCACAGCCUCGCGGCGUCCCUGCUGAGCACAGAGAGGUUUCUGCGAACACGUGAAUGAGCCGCAUGCCAGCCGCUGCCCCGGCCUGAGAAGGAGGCGCCCCCCACCGCCCGCCCGGCGCUGGCAUGCCCCGCCAGCCCUCCGCCUGAGCCCGGCGGCCCCCGCCCCCGCCCCCCGCCACCCUGCACUGCCCCGGCUCCCCCAAGGCCCCCACACUGCAGUGCGGCCGGGCCCCCUCCCCGCAGGGGCCGCCCCCGUCCGGCGCCCGGGGCGGCCCGGCCCGCAGGGCCAUGAAGCUGCAGGCCGUGAUGGAGACCCUCCUACAGCGCCAGCAGCGGGCGCGCCAGGAGCUGGAGGCCCGGCAGCCGCCGCCCGAGCCCCCCGCCGGCCCCCCGGCCCGCGCCCGGGCCGCCCCCGAGGAGGACAGGGAGCCGGAGCACGCCCGGAUGCAGCGCGCGCAGAUGGCCGCGCUGGCCGCCAUGCGGGCCGCCGCCGCGGGCCUCGGUCACCCAGCCAGCCCCGGCGGCUCCGAGGACGGGCCCCUCGGCUCUGAGGAUGAGGACACGGCCCGGGAGGGGGCCCCUGGCUCGCCCGCCCCGCCCGCCCGAGGCAGGGAGGCCCCGGGACCCGCCGAGGGCGACAGGCACUUCGAGGACGUGGGCUCUGACGAUGAGCUGAAGCCGAAAUGGGAGGAGGAGGAGGAGGAGGAGGAGCUGGAGGAAGAGCUGGGGGACGAGGACGAGGACGAGGAUGAGGAUGAAGAGGAGGACUACGAGGAUGAGGAGGGGCUCGGGCCCCCCGGCGCCACCGGCCUGGGCCCCGCAGCCCUGUUCCCCCGCAAGGCCCCGCCGCCCCAGGCCUUCCGCGGAGACGGCGGGCCGCGCGCCCUGGGCGGCCAGGAGCGGCCCGGAGGCGGGCCGGCGCCCCCCGGGGGGGCCGCACACACGGCGCCGCCCCUGCAGCCGCCCGACCACGGGGACUGGACGUACGAGGAGCAGUUCAAGCAGCUUUACGAACUGGACGGCGACCCCAAGAGGAAGGAGUUCCUGGACGACCUGUUCAGCUUCAUGCAGAAGCGAGGGACGCCCGUGAACCGGAUCCCCAUCAUGGCCAAGCAGGUGCUGGACCUGUUCAUGCUGUACGUGCUGGUGACGGAGAAGGGCGGCCUGGUGGAGGUCAUCAACAAGAAGCUGUGGCGGGAGAUCACCAAGGGCCUCAACCUGCCCACCUCCAUCACCAGCGCCGCCUUCACCCUGCGGACACAGUACAUGAAGUACCUGUACCCCUACGAGUGUGAGAAGCGGGGCCUCAGCAACCCCAACGAGCUGCAGGCCGCCAUCGACAGCAACCGGCGGGAGGGCCGGCGCCAGAGCUUCGGGGGCUCGCUCUUCACCUACUCGCCGAGCGGGGCCCACAGCAUGCUCUCCUCGCCCAAGCUGCCCGUGUCCUCCCUGGGCCUGGCCGCCAGCACCAACGGCAGCUCCAUCACCCCGGCCCCCAAGAUCAAGAAGGAGGAGGAUUCGGCCAUCCCUAUCACGGUCCCCAGCCGCCUGCCAGUCUCCCUGGCGGGCCACCCCGUGGUGGCGGCCCAGGCGGCCGCGGUGCAGGCGGCAGCAGCCCAGGCAGCCGUGGCGGCUCAGGCGGCCGCGUUGGAGCAGCUUCGGGAGAAGCUGGAGUCCGGGGAGCCUCCUGAGAAGAAGAUGGCCCUGGUGGCCGAUGAGCAGCAACGGCUCAUGCAGCGAGCCCUGCAGCAGAACUUCCUGGCCAUGACAGCCCAGCUGCCCAUGAGCAUUCGUAUCAACAGCCAAGCCUCCGAGAGCCGCCAGGACUCAGCCUCGAACUUGAGCAGCACGAACGGCAGCAACAGUAUUAGCAUGUCCGUGGAGAUUAACGGCAUCGUCUACACAGGAGUCCUGUUCGCUCAGCCGCCGGCCCCCACGCCCCCCUCGGCCCCCGGCAAAGGCGGCGGUGGUGGGAGCCGCGCAGGGAACAGCGGGAACAGCAGCGGCGGGGGCAGCGCGGGCGGCCAGGCCGGGCCAGCGGGGCCGUCCACACCGGCCACGUCUUCUACCUCAACUAACUCAUUGCCUUAACCACUCCCCACCGCCUCCCCCACCCCGGAGCACCCCCCCCCCUCCCCGCCAGGCCGGGCAGGGGGUCGAGGUGGGCCACACGGGGGAGGGGCGGCCGGGAUGGCGGAAGAUACGGGUGGGGAGGGGAGAUGUCCGCAGAGGAGCCACAGCUAGCGCCAAAAAAAAAAAAAAAGAGAGAGAGAAGAAGAAAUAUAUACGUAUAUAUAUAUAAAGAAAAUUUAAUAAAACAGGGGGAGACCAAGUAACACUUGAAUUACUCAGGUUUCGGACGUCCAGGCCGAGGAAUUUGUGAGAACAAGCGGAGGAAAUGGGAAGAGAGCGAGGGGGACGCACCCUGGGGCUGCUCCCGCGGCCCCGGGGGACCCGCUCGGACUGGAGUCCGGUGUCCGGUUUGGACCAGUUGCCAUGUCAGGCUGAUCCUGUUUACCUCGUACAUCCCUGCACUGUGCGUUUUCAUUUUUGUCUGGUUUUUUUUUUUUUUUUUUUUGCUUUUUUUUUUUUUUUUCCUCCAUCACACACACUCGCCACACCCGGCUCCUUGUGUUGAACGGAACCCCUGAGCCAAGAUCAGUUGAAAUUUUUUGUUUAUUAUUAUUUUUCUUGUUGCUUUUGGGAACUUUUUUUUUUUUUUAAAGAGAUAGCGAUAUUCAAACUCUAUAGGGUUUUUAAGAGGUCUUGGGGGUUUUGUUUUGUAAAUAGUCUAUUUUAUUCUCGGGGGAGGAAUCAAACCUUAGCAAAAGGAGAUAUAUAUCUAUAUAUCUAUAUAUUUGUGUUCAUUCAGGGAAACUGGACUUGAAAAAGCAAAAAAAAAGAAAAAAGAGAAAAAUCGGAAUACCCCUUUUAUUUUUCCCACGACUGAUUUGGGGGCGCUGGGGCCUUUCCUGUGGGCGGCGGGGGGCGCUGGAGCCAGCAGAGGUGAUGAGCUCAGGUGCUGCGGGGGGCGUGGGUGCCGAGUGGCCGUGACGGGGACAUCGGCCCUCGUGCUGGCUGUGCCCCCCUGUGCCGGCUCUCCCCUCAGGGACCGCCGAGUCUUAAUCAGGAAGGAGAAAGUGCUGGAACCCGGUGGAGAUGGGGGCGGGGGGGGGCUCCAGCCCGUGGUCCCAGCCCCCAGGCCCCUGUCUCAGGGAUGCACGUGGCCUUGUGGGGACUGGCGAGAUGGGACCUGGGGUGAGCCGGCCUUAGCUCAGGGCGAGGAUUUUGGGGCCACGGCACCCUGCACCCCCUGGCCCCGUCUCAUCUCCUCCAGUUUGUCCCUCCGCUUGGGGCCUCGGCUCCCUGCAGUGACGGUGACUCAGAGGCCAGGGAGGGGCCGCACCGCCAGGACCCCUGCCCUCGUUAGUGUGACCCAGCUGGAGAGGCAUUGUUGGCAGCCCUGGCGAUGGCUCCACCGGGCCGGCUGCACGGCCGUCCCCAGGCCCAGGCCCAGGUGGGGUCUGAGGACUCUUGGCCGCCCUGCCCUCCCGGGUCCCUGGGGACCUGGUGGCGUUGGGUGGAGCUGUGCCACCUGCACGGUGGUGCGUUUUCACUCCCUGGGUCUCGUUCCCUCUGGGGGGGGGGGGGGCGGGGCGGGGGACGGUGAACUCGCUGUCCCCAGGGCAGCCCCGAACCUCUAAUUGGGCCCUGGGAGCCUGGCCUAACGAGGCCCAGUGGACACCCUCCUGCCUCCAGCCCCAGGGGCGUCCUGUUGCCUUGGGGACCCUGGGGGAGGGUCCUGGGCCCCCCUGUCUCCGGCGUCUGUGUCUUUGGGAGGGAACCCCUUUCCUUGUUGUAUCUCAGGGUCGUCCACACCCCCUCCAGCCUCCCAGGAGCGGGUGGCACGGGCGUGGGGCUUUUCUCUCUGUUUUUCCUUCUAGAAGGUUCUCUCCCCCCACCUCUCGUGGCAGCAGCACAAUCAUUGUGGGAGGGGGGACCCUUUUGUCCCCAGACACAAUCCAGGCCCCCCCAGAGCUGUCCCCCCUCUCCCUCCCCCACCCCUCGGGGGACCCGGGCCCGGGGGGCCGUCACCGUGAGGGUCCUUCUACCUCAGGUCUGAUUUUGAUGCCAAAACCCGCGCCCUCUCGGUCGCCCGGGUCCCCCGUCCUGGGCGCAUGGCCUGUCUGUUGCCUGUCACAGGCCCGGGGGGCGCGUGGCCCCCCGAUCUGACUCAGGGUGGGUCCAUCUGCCACUCGGGGACCAUGGGGACGGGAGGGGACACGCCUCUGCCAGCCGCUCCCCCUGGGUCCUGUCCCCUCCUGGGGGGCCGGGGGGCCGGUGCGGCUCGGCACCCCUUUAUGCAAACCGGGGUGGCGCGUGUUCCUCCCGGGCGGGGCGCUGAGCCGCUGGGCGGGCGCGGGGACCCCCAACUCAGGGUGGAGGGCGGCUCCGGAGCUGCGGGUGGACGGGCUGCUUCUAGAAUCUUCCGUGUGAGCCCUGACUGGUCGGGCGGGGGCGGCUGGGUCCGUAUGUAAGAGUUGAGCAUCUGUACAGUCACUUUUAUUGCUUUUUAUCCUUUUUUGCCACUUCUUUCCUUCUUUUUUUUCUUUUUCCCCUUAAUUUCGCUUUUGCAUCCCCCCCCCCCCGGCUUCCAUUCCUGACGUGAAAUUUCAGUUCCUCCGGGGUUCGUCGGCCGGCAUGCGGCCGGCACCCCAACUCAGGUUAAAGGAUACAAAAAAAACCAAACUUUUAAGAAAAAGGUAUAAACUACUCUCUACCUCCGGCCGGGGCGGCCUGUACCGACUUCAGUUUUUGCAGAACAUUCAGGUAUUAAAAGGGAAAAAAAAAAAAAAAAAAACCAAAAAGAAAAAAAAAGACAAAAAAAGGUGUGAUUUUGAAAUUUAAAAGAACACUGAAAGUUUACAUUUUAUAACAUUAUUAUACAGAUUGUAUUUAAACUUCAGAAAUAUUUAAGACAAUUGUAACCCUGUAAAGCUGAUGAGCUAUUAAAACAAGACAAGACACUCUGACUUUUAACAGAAAAA